ACGCCUUCUCAUCUCUCUCUCUGUAACACCACGUGGCCCCUAGUGUAUCCAUAAAUCCUUCUCUUCUCUCACAGCUCUCUCUCUCUCUCUCGUUAAGCACCAUGGGCCCUCUUCUGCAAUAUCUAUAAACCCUUCCCAUCUCUCACAUUUUGAAGUACCAUCCAUGGCUUCCUCUCUUCAAGACCCCUUUCUAACCUACACGAAAGAAGAACGAGAUGAAGGCCACCAAGCCCAGGCCCAUGAAGGCCAUACAACAGAGAAUCAUAAGGCCUCCAUCGAUCAGACAAUCGAAGAUUAUGUGGGAUCGUUUGGGCCCGGUCAGCUUGCCCAGACCUUGCUUGUGUCCUUCGCCUGGUGCUUUGAUGCUCAGCACACAUUCAUAAGCAUAUUCACCGAUGCCGAGCCCACAUGGCACUGCACGAGCCCAAGUGGGUGUGGCAGACCAGCUUCGGUGUGCGAGAUCGGAGCAGAUAUGUGGGCCUGGGACAGGGGUGCGUGGGCCUCGACGGUUUCCGAGUGGGGACUGUCGUGCUCAAGCCGGGUCAUUGCAGGGUUGCCGGCAUCGGCCUUCUUUUUGGGUUGCUUGGUUGGUGGCCUUGUCCUAGCAACGCUGGCAGACACAACUCUAGGUCGCAAGAGGAUGCUUCACAUUACAUGCCUCAUGAUGUCUCUAACCGGCCUCUUCGCCUCUCUCUCUCCAAACAUAUGGAUCUACUCCUCAUUUCGAUUCAUAGGCGGCUUCGCCCGUGCCACCGUUGGCACCAGUGCCCUCGUCCUCUCCACAGAGCUGGUGGGCAGACGGUGGAGGGAAGAGGUUGGCACAAUUGGCUUCUUUUGCUUCACAAUUGGCUUCCUCUCUCUACCCACCAUGGCCUACUUCACUCAAAACUCUUCAUGGAGGGUCCUAUACUUGAUGGUCUCUCUCCCCACAUUUUUCUACUCAAUCUUGGUGCAUUUUUUUGUUAAAGAAUCACCAAGGUGGCUUCUAGUGAGAGGAAGAAAAGAGGAGGCUCUCAAGGUUUUGAGAUCAAUGGCUAGGCUCAAUGGAAAGAGCCUUGAUUUUAACAUAGAGGCACUUAGCAUAGAAGAGGAGGCAUGGAAUGUGAAUGUUUAUUCAGCCAUGAAAAUACUGUGGGAAAAAAGGUGGGCUUUUAGAAGGUUGUUGGUUACAAUGGUUGUUGGUUUUGGGGCGGGGCUUUCAGAGCAAAAGGCGGUGAUCAGUGCGGCCGUCACCAUGACUGACAGCAAGAAUGUCAUCCCUCAAACCCUGGACCUCUCCAAGGCACAAAUGCCUCAAGCUGAGGGCAUAUAG